AUGACGCGCGCGGAGGAUCUGGUCGAUCCUGGAAACCCGGUCUCCUGGAACAACGGCUAUGGCCUGUGGCUUCUGGCGUGCCUUGUGCCAGCCGCGGGCAUCGCAUUGUUCCUAUUGAAGGUCUACGUACUGGCUACGGUCGGACGAUGCACCUCCACGAGGGACAUGUCCGGCAAGACUGUAGUCAUCACCGGGGCCAAUGCAGGCAUCGGCAAGGAGACUGCCAAGGACCUGGCACGCAGGAACGCGAGAGUCAUCUUGGCGUGCAGGAACCAGGACAAGGCCAGGCUUGCCGCCCGGGACAUUCUAAGCGACACGGGCAAGCAGGUUGUCUGCAUGCAACUUGAUUUGUGCUCCCUCAAGUCCGUCAGACGUUUCGCCAAAGACAUCCUCGAGCGCGAGGACCGACUGGACGUGCUGAUCAACAAUGCAGGCAUAAUGCCGCCCGUUCAGCGCGUUGAGACCGAGGACGGCUUCGAGAGCACCUUCCAGGCCAACCACCUCGGCCCCUUCCUCCUCACCCACCUCCUCCUCGACCUCCUGAAACGCAGCGCACCCAGCCGAGUCGUCAUGCUGACCUCGGUGGGCCAAUGGUUCGGUAGCGUCGACUGGGACAACUUGGACUUUCGGCAUUACAAGCAAGAACGCAUCUACUGUAACACCAAACUCUACAACACGCUCUAUACCGUGGAACUCGCACGGCGACUAGCCAACACCGGUGUGACAGCAAACUGUUGCCACCCCGGAUUCGUAAAGACGGAGCUUGCCAGCCACAGCUCCGACCUUCACACAAAAUUCACGGAUAUCCUCAUCCAGAACUUCGGCAAGAGCCCCGAGGAAGGUGCGCAGACGACGGUUCACCUGGCUGUGUCCGAGGACGUGGAGCACGUCACUGGAAGGUACUUCGCCGACUGCAGACCUUCCGUGGCGCCCCGUUGGGCCCUCGACCCUGUGAGCGCAAAGCGCCUCUGGGAUGUCUCGGAAGAAAUGCUGGGACUCACGGGCCAACCUCCUUCUUCGCUGCCCGCCUGCUGA